UCUUCACAGCAGCAGCACCAGCAGCGCUUGUGGGGAGCAGACAGUGCUUCCGGCCAGCUCCCCGAUCCUGAGAGACCAUCUGUCCCAGGCUCCAAGCUGCUCCACAGGCAUCAUGCGGAGCGCCCUGCUGUUCGCAGUCAUCCUGGCCCUCAGCUCGGCUCACAGUCUUGGUGCGGUCUGUGAGGAGUCACACGAGCAGGUGGUGCCCGGUGGGGGUCUCAGCAAGAAGGACUCAAAUCUCUACCAGCUGCCCCCAUCAUUGCUCCGGAGACUCUAUGACAGCCGCGUGGUCUCCCUGGAUGGAUUGCUCAAGAUGCUGAGCAAGGCCAGCGUAGGUCUGAAGGAGUCACCACUUCCCCAGAAGCGUGACAUGCAUGACUUCUUUGUGGGUCUCAUGGGCAAGAGGAACCUCCAGGCAGACACUCCUGUUGAUAUGAACCAAGAAAACAUCCCCAGCUUUGGCACCUUCAAGUACCCCCGCAGUGUGGAAUGAGCACUCCACUCCUGGACUCCUGGGCUACAUCGUGAAGACACCCACCCCUAGAUGCACACGCUUCUAUUUCCCUUCCUCCUCCCCACCCCGGAACACUCUUGUGGUUUGACCCCUUCUUCCCUCUGUCCCACUUGCUGCAGAAACUGCCUUGUGAGCAUCCCCAGUCCCUGUAACCACUGACUACAGAUCGCCCUGGAAUUUCUGUCGCGUCCUACAAAUAUGAUGUCUCUCUCUAUUCCUCAACAAUAAAGGAAUUUUACAUAUUAUGAC